GUGGCCGAGCCUCGUAACGUCAGCGAGUGACGCGUUUGACGCCGGCUGACAGCGCAGCCUUGGAUGUGUGUGUGUUUGCAAGUGCAGCACAGCAGGCAGCAUCUCCAGUGUCAUCGCUGUGAAACCUGUGAACGCACCUCAGAGCAGGAAGCACAGGCUGAGCUGCCAUGGGGAAGGAGAAACUCCACAUAAACAUUGUAGUAAUAGGACAUGUCGACUCAGGCAAGUCAACCACCACCGGCCACCUCAUCUAUAAGUGUGGGGGCAUCGACAAGAGAACAAUCGAGAAGUUUGAGAAGGAGGCCGCUGAGAUGGGAAAGGGUUCCUUCAAAUAUGCCUGGGUUCUGGACAAGCUAAAGGCAGAGCGUGAGCGUGGCAUCACCAUCGACAUCUCCCUUUGGAAGUUUGAGACCAGCAAGUACUACGUCACCAUCAUUGAUGCUCCAGGACACAGGGACUUCAUCAAGAACAUGAUCACUGGGACUUCUCAGGCCGACUGUGCUGUGCUGAUCGUGGCUGCAGGCGUGGGUGAGUUUGAAGCUGGCAUCUCAAAGAACGGGCAGACUCGUGAACACGCCCUGCUUGCCUACACGUUGGGAGUGAAGCAGCUCAUCGUGGGCAUCAACAAAAUGGAUUCCACUGAGCCCAACUAUAGCCAGAAGCGUUAUGAGGAGAUUGUGAAGGAAGUCAGCACUUACAUCAAGAAGAUUGGUUAUAACCCUGACACUGUGGCCUUCGUGCCCAUCUCUGGCUGGAACGGAGACAACAUGCUGGAACCCAGCCCUAAUUCACCUCACUGUAAGCAGACACAGCAAACCUCUCCUUGCUGUCCACAGAUGUCCUGGUUCAAGGGCUGGAAGAUCAACCGUAAAGAUGGUAAUGCCUCAGGCACCACACUGCUGGAGGCUCUGGAUGCCAUCCAGCCUCCCACACGCCCCACUGACAAGCCCCUCCGCCUGCCUCUGCAGGAUGUCUACAAGAUUGGAGGCAUUGGGACUGUACCAGUUGGCAGAGUAGAGACAGGUAUCCUAAAACCUGGCAUGGUGGUGACCUUUGCCCCUGUCAAUGUGACCACUGAGGUCAAGUCUGUGGAGAUGCACCACGAGGCCCUGACUGAAGCGCUGCCUGGUGACAAUGUGGGCUUCAAUGUCAAGAAUGUGUCCGUUAAGGACAUUCGCCGUGGCAACGUGGCUGGAGACAGCAGGAGUGACCCGCCACAGGAGGCAGCUGGCUUCACCUCUCAGGUGAUCAUCCUGAACCACCCAGGUCAGAUCAGUGCUGGCUACGCCCCUGUGCUGGACUGCCACACUGCACACAUUGCAUGCAAGUUUGCAGAGCUCAAGGAAAAGAUUGACCGUCGCUCUGGUAAGAAGCUCGAAGACAACCCAAAGUUCCUUAAGUCUGGAGAUGCUGCCAUUGUAGACAUGAUCCCUGGCAAGCCAAUGUGUGUGGAGAGCUUCUCUGAGUACCCACCACUGGGGAGGUUUGCGGUGCGUGACAUGCGUCAGACCGUGGCAGUGGGAGUGAUUAAAGGUGUUGAAAAGAAAGCCCCGACCAGUGGUAAGAUUACUAAGUCUGCACAGAAGGCCCAGAAGGUCAAAUGAACGUUGUGCUGGGCUGUUGCCCCAAGCGCUCACCAUGGCCGAAGACACCUUCUGCACACCAUAGUCAGCGUCUGGUCUGUUAUCACAAUGCAUCGCAAAAGCAGACGAAGGAAAAAAAAUAAAUACCACACUGCUGGUGAUUAAAAUGUUAACACAUUGUUAUAUGUGGAUUUCAUUGUUACUCAGUUUGUGGCAGAACUGUACAACAACAAUGUAUUGCUGCUCUCUGAUUGUGUGCUGUUGAAGUUAGAAUUAGGCUGCUCAUUAAUCUAGCCAACAAACUCAGCUGCUUAGCACCAGUAAUAAAGCCAUGACGUUGUUUUGCCUGGUCUUUGUUGAUGUAAUGCUCUGUGUUCUAGCUUUAAAGGAGAUAUACUAUCUGUCCGGAGGCAAAUUGGCCUUGCAUGUUCCCGGUUUGCCCCUUAGAGAAGCAAGUUGUCAAAUCUUCCCACCUAGCAAACAGCAACUCUGUUUAAUGUCCAUGCACCUUAGUUAAUGUUAUUUGUAUGUUCAUUAAAGUAAAGAUGUUUAAACUGUA